CUACUGUUUCACGUCAAUCUCUUUUUGCCCCUCCUUUUUUCUCUUUUCGUCCAAUAGACGAAGACCUAACAUUGUUGUGGAAGCUGUGCUGACGGAAGUGAGCAACCCAAAGGAAGACUAACUACGUUGAGUAUAUCAAGAUGGAGGUGGAGCAGCUCCUGUCUCUCUCAGGUCCCGCUCUGGCCCAGGCCAUCAGCUCUCUGCUGGAGACCCCAGGGCUUUAUGUGUUCUCAGACAUUUUGGAGCUCCCCAAUGUCAGAGAGCUGGAGACUGGUCCCCAUGCUCCUGUGUAUCAGCUGCUCAAUCUUUUUGCCUAUGGAACCUACUGCGACUACAAAGAGAGGGCAGCCUCUCUGCCUGAGUUGACCCCUGCCCAGAAGAACAAGCUCCGCCACCUGUCAAUCAUCAGCCUGGCCUCCAAUCUCAAGUGUUUGCCGUACUCGUUGCUGCUGCAGCAGCUGGAGCUGAAGAACGUGCGGGAGCUGGAGGACCUGCUGAUCGAAGCGGUCUACUGUGACAUCAUCCAGGGCAAGCUGGACCAGCGCAACCAGCAGGUGGAGGUGGACUGCAGCGUGGGCCGCGACCUGGGCCCCAACGAGCUGCCCAACAUCGCCAACACACUACAGGAAUGGUGUGCGGGGUGUGAGGCGGUGCUGUGUGGGAUUGAGGAGCAGGUCUCCAGAGCCAAUCAGUACAGAGAAAGCCAGCUGAAGGUCAAAGUUCAGGUGGAGACAGAAGUGUCUAAUUUACAGAAAACCCUGAAAGCAAGCUCUGCCUCUCCGUCGUCCGGCCCCGCCCCCGCUGGCGCUGCAUCCAAUCAGGAUGCAGAUCAGCCAGCGGAGCCACGCGACCCCGCCUCCUCUCAGGAACCACGGCAACCUGGCAAGAAAAGUUCCAAAGUCAAAGGGUAAGGAGGAUGGUGUUCUUCACUUCAUUUACGCUUCGUGGAAGUGGGAAGAUCUGGUCAAAGUCCAACUGAGAUCAACCAACCAGAGAUUCCGCCAGACCUCCCGUCACAGAAGGAAAGAAUGACCGCAAACAGAUAUACAGGAUAGCUGAUAGGCAGACUAGACAGCCACAGAGGAAGGCAGGCAGACAGACAGACAGGCAGGCAGGUUGACUGACUGACUACACCACUCACGGACUAAUUCACUGACUGCUGCACAUAAUCCGGACUCUUAAAACCCAACUCCCAGUCGAAAGGCUCUGGAGUCUACAAUCACAUAUGGAGGUCUGGUGGAUUAGACAGACUUGCGCGCGUGUGUAUAUGUAUGUGUGGGUAUUCUUAUUGGUUUUCCUUUUCUCUUUUUUUUUGUUUUUGUUUUUUGUUUUCGAUUUGAUUCGGUGAGUGUGUUAAGCAUGGGGUCAACCGUGAAUCAGGAUGUAAAGUGUUAACAGAAUAAAUUGCUCCUUGUACCACUCUUUCA